UGUUGCCUUGUUGGACUUCAUCCAUCUCUCACCCUAAAUAUUUGGAAAGAAAAAGAGAAGCUAGAUCCGCGCGUGAAGCUAAUACUACUAUUACUACUGUUGUUGCAUCCACCGGAGAGAGUGACAUUGCAACGACUGAUAUAUAUAUUCAUUCCUCUUCUUUCUCUUCUUCCCAUUAUUUUCGCUUAUACAAUCCGAUCUCAGUGUGUGUGUAUCGCCAUAGAUUCAGCAUUGACAACAAGAUCGAGAUCCAUGUUGUUCGCUUCUUCAUUACUAAUAUUAUUAUUAAUAUUAUCUUCCAUUUUAUUCACUUCAUUUGCAUCCAUCCACAUCUACGAUCAUGAACCUUUCCAAGAAAUCGGCAAUGCAUAUCUCCUCUCCGGUGGCAGCGAAGGCAUCGCCGCCUCCCUCGCCACCGCUUCCAAUGUCCAUUCCAUUCACGACGGACGUUCUUACAUUCGGUUUGAGAAUAUAACCUUUAGGCGAAGCAAACCUGCAGCCAGGGCGCGUGGUACUGUGCCAAUACACAUUAUAAUAUUUGAGGCUGCUGAUCGUGAUGAUAUAGGUGGUUCUGUUUAUGGUGGACAACGGGCAAUCUGUUGCACCCCUGAUUUAGCUAAGAUGGGAGUUUGUAAGCAAGGAGAGGUUAUCAGGAGACCUUCUGCAACAGACAUUAAUUGGCCAGUCAUAUUAGAUGUAUAUUUCAAGGGGAAAUCCCGAAUUGCAAGUUUAGAUUCUAAGGGAGUUUCCAUCUCGAAGACUGGAAUGUAUAAUUUGUUUUUUGUAGCUUGUGACCCCAAGCUCAAGGAAAUGGUGAUGAGUGGGAAGACAGUCUGGAAAAACCCUGAUGGGUUCUUGCCUGGUAGGAUGGCCCCAUUAAAGAAGUUCUAUGUAUUUAUGGCAUUGGCUUAUGUCUGCCUUGGCAUCAUUUGGUUCCUUCAGUAUGUGAGGUUUUGGGAUGACAUAUUGCAACUUCAGCACUGUAUCUCAGCUGUUAUUGGUCUUGGAUUGUUUGAGAUGAUUCUCUGGUAUUUUGAGUACUCCAAUUUCAACAAUACUGGAAUCAGACCUGUUGUUGUCACAACAGUAGUUGUCACUGUUGGGGCUAUACGAAAAACGAUAUCACGACUUCUCAUUCUCUCUGUUUCCAUGGGUUAUGGUGUUGUGCGACCCACUCUUGGUGGUCUUACAUCAAAGGUCCUUUUGCUUGGAAUAACUUACUUGCUUGCGUCAGAGUUGCUGAAUAUUACUGAAUAUGUGGGGACCAUCAGUGAUGUAUCAGGAAGGGCAAGGCUCAUUCUAGUUCUUCCGGAUGCUUUCUUGGAUGCAUUUUUGAUUUUAUGGAUUUUUACUUCUCUUUCAAAAACACUGGAACAGUUACAGGCAAAACGGAGCUCUGUUAAGUUGGAUAUAUACAGGAAAUUCUCAAAUGCAUUAGUAGUAAUGGUGAUCUCCUCGGUUGUUUGGAUAGGUUAUGAGGUUUACUUCAAAGCAACAGAUCCAUUUAAUGAACGCUGGCAGAGUGCUUGGAUCAUCACUGCAUUCUGGGACAUUCUAGCAUAUGCGUUACUCUGUGUUAUUUGUUAUCUCUGGGCGCCUUCCCAAAGCUCUCAAAGGUAUGCAUACUCAGAGGAAGUAGGAGAAGAAUCUGAUGAUGAAGAAGUUUUGUCUUUGACUAAGGGAAAACAAGAAGGCCAAGGAGAAAUAAGUUUAGUCAGGCAAGAAAAAAACGCCCGGACUGAUGCAUCUUCUGAUGAAGACGACGAGCCAGAAGAGGAUAAAAGGGAAUAAGCUUUUAACAGCUUUCUUUUACCACGUUUGUACUGUUUUCCUUGCUGGGUUUAUAAUUCUUAACUGCCCCAACCCUCAACUAGAGUUGUUGUAAAAUUUUGUUCAUUUGUACUGGAAUGUAACUGCUUCAUAUUCUUUGUUCGUUUUAUAUCAUGUAUGUAAUUAAUGUAUAACAAGUGUUGCACAUGUUGAUGAUCAAAUUUACGGCGGUUGCACUCUUGGAAAUCUCUUCAAUUAUUCGAUCAA